GAGAGUUCAAGUUCCUGUCCCACCUGUUGAAUGUUUAGCAUGGCAAGGACAUGGAGAAUCCAAUAUCCGAUAGUUGCGGUUGCGCUGACGUUUCAUGUUUUAUUCUGGUUCUCGUUUUUUUUGUACCCCAGCGUUGCCUUGGUCUACGGACGAAUCACUGUCUUAUUACAUAAAUUGCACAUCCACGUAUUUUAUUGCUUGCCCGAAAUGUGGGUUGUGUCGACGGGUAUCGUCAGUUUCGUGUUUGUGACUCGUUGUGAAAACAUACAAAAAAUGUGUGCAUGUGUGAUCAGUAAAUAAAUGAACGAAAGUGGCUUUUCUAGGUCGAAGUCGAAUUAUUGAAAAGUUCAAUCUACUUUGAAGAAGUGAUGUGAAGAAAAUGGAGAUAAAUUCUUGUAUACCCUUAUAGUUACCAUACAUUUUUUUAUGAACCAAUUUUUGGGGACCGUUGUUAAUUUUUUUCGAAGUUCAAACUUAUUUUACCGCGACAAUUUCGCCACACGAACACAACAAAUCGAACACAAAUCCAUCGAAAGAGACAGUAUAAACGAUAAAGACAACAGUGAAAUCGACCACUGCGAGGAGUGGGCGGAAAUCAUGAUGAACAGAAAGGCAAAGAUAGGACGGAGGAACAGCAGAAGAUUCGUCAUUGGUGAUGGCGAUGACGACACCAGCUGUCAAUUGCCGGACGUGACGAUAUCGGAGAGUCCUAGCAAUGACAGUUUCCAGCAGAACCUCGCUUCCAGUUGGCCGACCAGCAGUUCGAAUUUGCAAGUCACGAAAACUCUGACGCCUAGUAUGUCCCAAGGUACUGUUAUAAUACAGAACAGACUUGAAGAGAAACAUUUCACCGUAGCUACCCCAGAAGAAUUUGUUAAGCGAUUCAAUGGUACCAGAGUUAUCAAUAAGGUUUUAAUAGCGAACAAUGGCAUAGCGGCUGUCAAAUGCAUGCGAUCUGUGCGCAGAUGGUCUUACGAGAUGUUCAAGAACGAACGGGCCGUCAGGUUUGUGGUUAUGGUCACUCCCGAAGAUCUCAAAGCCAACGCCGAGUACAUCAAGAUGGCCGAUCAUUAUGUGCCCGUGCCUGGCGGAACGAACAACAAUAAUUACGCCAAUGUGGAAUUGAUAGUCGAUAUCGCCAUCAGGUGUCAAGUUCAGGCUGUGUGGGCAGGUUGGGGUCAUGCUUCAGAAAAUCCAAAACUACCGGAGCUGCUGCACAAAAACAAUAUAGCGUUUAUUGGACCUAACGAAAAGGCGAUGUGGGCACUCGGAGACAAAAUUGCCUCGUCACUCGUUGCUCAAACAGCUGAAGUACCCACUUUGCCGUGGUCUGGUUCUGGUUUAACUGCCCAGUACAGUGGGAAAAAGAUCAAAAUAUCAUCGGAACUGUUCGCACGUGGUUGUGUGUCCACUGCUGAAGAAGGUCUAGCUGCAGCUCACAAAAUAGGAUAUCCCGUUAUGGUGAAGGCGUCAGAAGGGGGCGGUGGUAAAGGUAUCAGGAAAGUGGAUAGUCCGGAUGAUUUUCCGGCUGCCUUCAGACAAGUGCAACAAGAAAUUCCUGGUUCCCCAAUUUUCGUUAUGAAACUUGCAAAGUGCGCUAGACAUCUAGAAGUUCAACUCCUAGGAGAUAUGUAUGGAAACGCCAUUUCAUUGUUUGGUCGUGACUGUUCUAUUCAAAGAAGACAUCAAAAAAUCAUCGAAGAAGCACCCGCAGUUAUAGCAGAACCAUCCGUUUUUGAAGAUAUGGAAAGAGCUGCUGUGCGACUGGCAAAAAUGGUGGGAUAUGUUUCAGCAGGAACUGUGGAGUACUUAUACGAUCCGUCUGGUCAGUACUACUUCCUGGAACUGAACCCUCGCCUUCAAGUCGAACACCCCUGUACGGAGAUGGUUUCCGAUGUCAACCUGCCUGCCGCCCAACUUCAGAUUGCCAUGGGUCUUCCACUUCACUACAUUAAAGAUAUCAGAUUGUUGUAUGGGGAGUCUCCUUGGGGCACAUCUGAAAUAGACUUCGAUCAACCUCGACAUAAACCGCAACCUUGGGGUCACGUGAUAGCAGCUCGAAUAACAUCAGAAAAUCCAGACGAAGGUUUCAAACCAAGUUCUGGUACGGUUCAAGAGCUGAACUUCAGAUCUUCGAAGAACGUAUGGGGUUACUUUUCGGUCGCAGCCUCCGGAGGCCUGCACGAGUUCGCAGACUCUCAGUUCGGACAUUGUUUUUCGUGGGGCGAAAAUCGAGCGCAAGCCAGAGAAAAUUUGGUGAUCGCUCUGAAGGAACUGUCGAUCAGAGGGGACUUUAGGACAACCGUUGAAUAUUUGAUCACUUUAUUGGAAACGAAGAGUUUUCAGGAAAACACUAUUGACACUCAAUGGUUAGACAUUCUCAUCUCGGAACGAAUGCAAUCAGAAAAACCAGAUAUCAUGUUGGGUGUUAUUUGUGGUGCCUUACAUAUUGCCGAUGUCACUAUUACCACUGCCUUCCAAGAGUUCCAGACAUCUCUCGAGAGAGGACAAAUUCAGGGCUCUAAUACACUAACUAAUGUCGUCGAUGUUGAACUAAUUAAUGACGGGAACAAAUAUAAAGUACAAGCAACCAAAAGUGGACCGAACAUGUAUUUCCUGCAGAUGAACGGGUCUUUCAAGGAAGUUGAAUUGCAUCAUUUGACUGAUGGAGGAAUACUCGUAUCGAUUGAUGGUUCUUCGUUCGCAACUUAUAUGAAAGAAGAAAUAGAUCGCUAUCGAAUUGUGAUCGGUAACCAGACUUGCGUUUUCGAAAAAGAGAAUGAUCCGACAAUCAUAAGAUCACCUUCUGCUGGAAAACUCAUCGGGUACAUCAUUGACGAUGGUGGACACGUUGUUAAAGGGCAGGCAUUCGCUGAAAUAGAGGUAAUGAAAAUGGUGAUGACACUGACUGCCAGCGAAUCCGGCCUCGUGACAUACGUGAAACGUCCAGGCGCUGUCCUGGACGCUGGUUCGAUCAUCGCCACUCUGGAACUGGACGACCCUUCGCUCGUGACGAAGGCCGUCUUGUACAAAGGGCCGUUCGCUGAGUCGGACGUGUCUCUGCCGCCGAUGCCUGAAAAGCUCAAUCACAUCCACAGUAGCUAUAGGACGGCUCUAGAGAAUACACUGAAAGGAUAUUGUCUUCCUGAUCCCUACAACGCACCACGCCUUCGCGAAGUCAUCGAAAAGUUCAUGUCGUGUAUGAGAGAUCCGAGUCUUCCUCUUCUCGAACUGCAAGAAGUUAUGGCGUCCAUGUCCGGAAGAAUACCGGCUGCUGUCGAAAAGAAGAUCCGUCGGUUGAUGGCUCUAUAUGAAAGGAACAUUACGUCUGUUCUUGCUCAGUUUCCUAGUCAACAGAUUGCUGGUGUAAUUGACACCCAUGCAGCUGGUAUGCACAGAAGAGUGGAGAGGGAUGCAUUUUUCUUGGCCACUGAAGGGAUUAUACAGCUUGUUCAGAGGUAUAGGAAUGGCAUUCGCGGGAGAAUGAAGCAUGCUGUUCAAGAAUUGUUGAAACAGUACUAUGAAGUAGAAAGUCAAUUCCAGCAAGGCUCCUACGACAAGUGCGUGUCGCUGUUGCGCGACCAACACAAGGACGACAUGUCGGCCGUGUCGGCCAUCCUCUUCUCGCACAGCCAGGUGGCCAAGAAGAAUCUGCUGGUGACGAUGCUGAUCGACCACCUGUGGAGCAACGAGCCCGGCCUCACCGACGAGCUGGCCAGCUGUCUCACCGAAUUGACGUCGCUGAAUCGUAGCGAACACUCUCGUGUGGCGCUGAGGGCCAGACAGGUCCUCAUCGCCGCCCACCAACCCGCCUACGAGCUGCGUCACAACCAGAUGGAGAGCAUCUUCCUCUCGGCCGUCGACAUGUACGGCCAGGAGUUCCAUCCGGAGAACCUGCAGAAGCUGAUCGUCUCCGAGACCUCCAUCUUCGACAUCCUGCACGACUUCUUCUACCACUCGAACCGCACCGUGUGCAACGCCGCCCUCGAAGUGUACGUCCGGCGAGCGUUCACCAGCUACGACAUCAGUUGUCUGCAGCAUCUGGAGUUGAGCGGUGAAGUGCCCGUGGUGCACUUCACCUUCAUGCUGCCGCCGUCGCAUCCGAAUCGGCUGGUCAAGCUGAACAACAUGAUGGGAGAUGGAGAGCCAAUCAUUGAACAACCAAAAAUUAUCGACACAUUCCAGAGGACAGGAUGCAUGGCGGCUUUCGAAAAUUUCCAGCAAUUCGAACAGGAUGCUGAUGAGAUUUUCGAUUUGAUUGAGGACUUUGCAAGUCCUGCUGCCAUAUCUGCCAAAGAUCUGAAUGCUGUCGAGAGUGGAUCCGAGUCUAGGGGCAACAGCACUUCAAUCAAUGUCAGUUUGUCACUAGAAGCUAGAAGAGCGAGCCUGGACGAAUACAUUGUACAAGAACCCAUCCACAUCCUCAUGGUAGCGAUAAAAGACGAAGGCGACAAAGAGGACUCGGCCAUGGGCAAAAUCUUCGCGGCGUUUUGCGCCAAGUACAAAGACGAGCUGGCGGCACGAAAAAUCCGACGCAUCACGUUCAUUCCGCUGAAACACAAGCAGACGCCGAAGUUCUUCACUUACAGGGCGCGAGACAACUUUGAGGAGGACAGGAUUUAUAGGCACUUGGAGCCUGCGUGCGCGUUCCAGCUGGAGAUGGACAGGAUGCGGUCGUACAGCCUGGAAGCAUUGCCGACAUCUAGUCAGAAGAUGCACUUGUAUUUGGGAAAGGCAAAGGGUGCAGGUGGCAAAGAAAUAACAGACUACCGUUUCUUCAUCCGAAGUAUUAUUCGUCAUUCAGAUCUUAUAACCAAAGAGGCAUCAUUCGAAUACAUUCAGAAUGAAGGAGAAAGAAGUAUUUUAGAAGCAAUGGACGAAGUUGAAAUUGCUUUUUCACAUCCGCAAUCUAAAAGAACAGAUUGCAAUCAUAUAUUCCUCAAUUUCAUUCCUACUGUGAUAAUGGAUCCAGCAAAAAUUGAAGAAGCUGUGACUAGCUUAGUGAUGAGAUACGGUCCUCGACUGUGGAAACUUCGUGUACUACAAGCAGAAAUCAAACUAGUGAUACGGCCCUCUCCCAAUGCGGAAAUUACCACUAUCCGCCUUUGCAUUGCCAACGAUAGCGGCUAUUAUCUGGACAUUAAUAUGUACACGGAAGUGGUGGAUCCAGAAACGGGCAUCAUAAGUUUCCAGGCGUACGGCACUAAGCAAGGUCCUCUUCACGGAUUGCCCAUAUCUACGCCUUAUAUUCCGAAAGAUUAUUUGCAACAGAAGAGGUUUCAAGCCCAGUCUGCCGGCACGACUUAUGUUUAUGAUGUUCCCGAUAUGUUCAGGCAAAUGGUGGAUUUGAUGUGGAAGCAAUACAGUAAAGAGAGAAUAUCAGAAUCUAUUAAUAUUCCGGACAAAUUGAUGGAUUUCGUCGAGCUCAUUCUCGACCCAGACACCGAAACAAGGCUGAUCGAACAAAAAAGGGUGCCUGGUGAAAAUAAUGUCGGAAUGGUGGCAUGGAGAUUGACCCUUUUCACUCCAGAGUACCCAAUGGGUAGAGACAUUAUAGUCAUUUCGAAUGACAUAACGCAUUUAAUUGGAUCCUUCGGACCUAGGGAAGAUAAGGUAUUUGGUUUGGCUAGUGAGAUUGCAAGAAAUUUGAAGAUACCAAGGAUCUAUGUUUCAGCAAACAGCGGGGCUAGAAUUGGAAUGGCUGAGGAAGUGAAAGCUCUGUUCAAGGUAGCCUGGGAAGAUAACAAAGAGCCCGAUAGAGGUUUCAGGUAUAUUUUUCUCACUCCCGAAGAUUAUGCCAAAGUCAGCGCUCAGAAUUCAGUUCGAGCUGUUUUAAUAGAAGACGAAGGAGAAUCAAGAUAUAAAUUGACAGAUAUUAUUGGUAAGGAUGACGCUUUAGGUGUCGAAAACUUGAAGUAUGCUGGUAUGAUAGCUGGUGAAACCUCAAGGGCAUAUGACGAAAUUGUUACGAUUUCUAUGGUUUCUUGCCGAGCAAUUGGUAUUGGUUCCUAUUUAGUCCGACUAGGACAGAGAGUUAUACAAAUUGAAAACUCCCACAUCAUUCUCACUGGAUAUAGUGCUUUGAAUAAGUUACUUGGUAGGGAGGUAUAUGCAUCUAAUAAUCAACUGGGUGGAAUCCAGAUAAUGCAUAAUAAUGGUGUAACACACAAAACUGAUCAGACUGAUUUGGAAGGUAUUUACUCAAUCCUGAAGUGGUUAUCUUAUAUACCCAAGGAUAAAUUAUCACCAGUUCCGAUAAUCAAACCAGUCGAUCCAAUCAAUAGGGAAGUCACAUUUACCCCAACAAAAACACCCUAUGAUCCUAGGUGGAUGUUAGAGGGCAGGCAGUCUCCUAGCGAUCCCAGCAAGUGGGAGAGCGGCUUCUUCGACCUCGGCUCGUGGUCGGAGAUCAUGCAACCCUGGGCGCAGACCGUCGUGACGGGGCGCGCCCGCUUGGGCGGCAUCCCCGUCGGCGUCAUCGCCGUCGAGACGCGCACCGUCGAGCUCAGGCUGCCCGCCGACCCGGCCAACUUGGAUAGCGAGGCGAAGACGGUGUCGCAAGCGGGGCAGGUGUGGUUCCCCGAUUCGGCGUUCAAGACGGCGCAGGCUAUUCAGGACUUUUCCAGGGAGGAUCUGCCGCUGGUCGUGUUUGCCAAUUGGCGAGGGUUCAGCGGCGGGAUGAAAGAUAUGUACGAACAAAUUGUGAAAUUCGGCGCGUAUAUCGUCGAUGGACUCAGAAAAUACCAGCAACCCAUAAUCAUUUACAUUCCGCCCAAUGGGGAGCUUCGAGGAGGAGCUUGGGCAGUCGUCGAUCCUACCAUCAAUUCUAGAUACAUGGAAAUGUACGCAGACAACGAUUCCAGGGGUGGUGUUCUCGAACCUGAAGGUAUCGUAGAGAUCAAAUUCAGGAAAAAAGACCUCCUGAAAGCGAUUCAUCGACUAGACGGCCCCAUAGCGGAACUGGAUAAGGAACUCGAGCAGCUGAAUCUGCAAGUGAAGCCGAGAGAAAGGUCGGCCAGCAUAACGCAACAAAAGGUCGAAAGGCCCAAGCCGCCGGAAGUGGUGGCGCUCGAGAAGAAGAUACAGGAGAGAGAAAAUUUCUUGCUGCCCAUGUACCAUCAAGUGUCAGUCCAUUUUGCAGAUUUGCACGACACGCCUGAAAGAAUGUUGGAAAAAGGAGCAAUCCAUGAAAUCAUACCAUGGCGAAAAUCACGAACAAUUAUCUACUGGAGACUUAGGAGGCGAUUGCUGGAAGACAGAGUCAUAAAGGCACUGAUGGAAGCACAACCUGAAUUGGCCCUUGGUCAAGGAGAAGCAAUGCUGAGGAGAUGGUUCAUCGAGGAUAAAGGAGCAUCCGAGGGUUACAGAUGGGAAAAUAACGAAGCGGUCGUCCAGUGGCUCGAGGAACAGCUUUCGAAACCUGCACAACAGUCCAUCAUCAGCCAUAAUAUAUAUGCUGUCAAGAAAGACGCAGUCAUCAGUCAAAUCAAGAGCUCACUAGAAGAAUGUCCAGAUGUUGCUCUCGAUGCUGUGGUGGCGAUCAUUGAGAAACUGAACGACAACCAAAAAGCCGAGGUAAUCAGAAUGUUAUCACAACUUGGAUCAUUAGAAAACAUCGAUUAGGGUUUAAUUUUUUUGUAAAUUCUCGAAACUAGAAAAUAAUUUGAAUUUAAAAUGUUGGUGAUUGAUUUGGUUUUGAAUAUGGUCUGAGAGGUGAGAGCAAUUUAUUGGAAAAUUGAACAAUAUUUGGUAUACAAUUUUUUUGACAUAUUUUUACCAAUCUGAAAAUGUAGGAUAAGUAUAAUAAUAUAUUGAAAAGAGGUGUAUGUAGUUUUUUUGUACAUUUUUAAAUAAUUGAGUAUUUAUUAUGUCCAAUGCUGGAUCUGUAGAGAAACUUGUAUAUAUUUGUUAUAUUAUUUGUUAAUAUAAUUAUUAUUGAAUUGCAA